UAUUCUAAUAUCAAUGAAAUGAACAAAUUUCUACCAAAUUUUUUUUGAAAUGAACAAAUAAUAAACCAAAACUCUAUUGAUAUUAGUAUAUCAUAUCAGGUUUGGGAUAUUUAUGAAUAUCAACGGAUAAUAAUUUUUUUAUUGAAAUUGUAUCUAAAAACAUUAUACUAGUGCACAAGUUAUUAGGACGAGUGACCAAAUAUUAAGUGAUAUAAUUGAUUGGUGCUCCAUGCCAAAGCCAUGGGCUUAAAGGCUCACAAAUCAUUAUCGAAUAUAGUGACCGCAUUAUUAUUUUUUUAUCAAAAUUUCCCCAAAGCUACGGAAGCCCUUAUUGGUAAGCAGGUUCCGAUGCUCCCCAGGUGCCGGUGUGCUGGGACAGUGCAGAAACUUUGGAGCAUUUAUUCUUAGAUUGCCUAGUUGCUCGGGCCUUUUGGGAUUAUUCUGGACUGGCUUACUUAGGGGAGGGGCUCCCUCGCCAUACUUUCCCUUUGUUUCUGAAAAGAUUAAUGGCGUUGAUUCCCCAGCCUCCUCUGUUUAUGGCUUUGGUUGCUCUCCUUUGGCGGAUUUGGCGGUCACGGAACUGGGUUGUCUUUGAAGGCAAGCAGUUUGGGUUCCCGGUCUUGAUGCGUCAGUUUCAGCAACAGUAUGAGGAGUGGAUCCGGCUCCCAAUUAACACUAGCCCAGGAUUGUCUCCCCUUGCAGCCGAACCCUCUAAGUCGAACCUCAUGGGUCUAGGUGGGGGGAACAGGGUGGUGUGUAUGUGGGAUGGGGCGGUUUGGAGAGGAUCUCAUUCGGCUGGUGGGGUGGUUCUUUUUACUCCUACUAGGUAUGUUUGGCUGGUGAAAGGGGUUUGUUUUCCUGGCAUGGAUGAUCCGAUGGUGGUAGAAUUGCUUGUCCUUCGGGAGGCAGUUUGGUGGUGCCUGGAGCUAGGCCUCUCGGAGGUCCAAUUUGAAGGUGAUGCCAAGGUUAUUAUUGAUAAAAUCAAUCGUGCGGAUGCCAGAGAUAACCGGAUCAGAGCUGUUUUGGAGGAACUUCAACAAUAUUUUCAUAGCUCUGCUGGUUUUAGGGUUCGAUUUGUAGGUCGGAGUAGUAAUAGGGUAGCCCAUUCGGUGGCUCGUAAAGCCCUCUCUUUGUACCCGACUACGAGUCGUUCUUUUGAUUUCCUGGCAUGGCUUUCUUCCACGAUGUAGUUACCUAUUUUUUUGAUCAAUAUAUGAUUAUCUUUUGUCAAAAAAAAAAUUUGGGUUACAAACCAUUUAUUCAAUCUACACAAUAAAUAAAAGACAAAUGAGAAAACUUGAAGUCCCAUUUCAAAUUUCCUGCAUCUAGAGUAAAAGUAGGAAGGGUAGAUUCGUCUUCACAGUUAUUUAUUAACUUCUUAAUGCAUCCAGAGUGAAAGUAGGAAGGGUAGAUUCGUCUUCACAGUUGUUUAUUAACUUCUUAUUUACAGAAAAAAAAUACAUCAUUAAUGAGAUUUGAACCGUGGUCUCUUUGAACAAAGAUAAGAAACAUAACCAGUUACA